AUGAUGCUUCAUGGAGUUCGUUCCCAGAGGCGAUCAUUCCUUCUUCCCUUCAUUAUAUUUGCUUCGUUUGCUGUCUUCCUUGCUUUCAUCCAGGUGUCAUCCGACUUGGUCGCAGCAUCGCAGUCACGUGUUGGGGCCUCAUCGGGACCUCAGUUGCUCAGUCAUGUCAUCGGAAUGUGUGUCCAUGUAUGGUGUGUUGCUGUCGUCUGGCGCUGCUAUUGCUACUUGGGAGAUAAGAAGGUAGCCGAGCAGAUUGGCGAGCAACUCCAGGCUACUUCAUUGGCUUUUGCUUACGAAUAUACCCAGCCACCACCAUAUGCAGACAGUAUCGAGAAAAGCCCGCUGACAGUCGCGUAA